AUGAACGAAACAAUGCUGGCGGACGCGCCACUGGUGACCGACGGUUCCGGUGAGCCACCGUACGGGGAGGCAAACCUUACCGGCCUGUCGGUGGAAACCCCUUCGCUGGUGGAUGGGUUGCUGGCGCUUGCGAUGAAUGCGAGCGGUGCCGAACGGUGCCGGUUGCAGCAGCAGGCCGAGGAGCUGCUGCAGGACGUGGCCUGCCCGUCCUUUUUCGAUAUGGUGUCCUGUUGGCCCCGAACGCCACCCGGUACGUUGGCCGUGUUGCCAUGCUUUGCGGAACUCAAGGGCGUGCAGUAUGACAGUUCGCAAAAUGCAACCCGUUUCUGUAACGUCGAUGGUACCUGGGAUAAUUACACCGACUACGAUCGGUGCGAGCACCUGGAACAGCCGGCCCCGCUGCCCAGCUUCGAGCCGGAAAUCGAACUGCCAACGCUGAUCUACUUCGUCGGCUACUCAAUUAGCUUGGCCGCACUCGUGCUGGCGGUCGCGGUGCUGGUGUACUUCAAUAACUACUCUGCCCGCAGGGAUUUGCGCUGCUUGCGGAACACUAUCCACGUCAACCUCUUCCUGACGUACAUCAUGUCGUCGAGCCUUUGGAUACUCAUACUAUCAUUACAGAUCACCGUAAAGCUGGAAGUGGCCGGAUGCAUAUUUCUCGUCACGCUCUUUCACUACUUCAGCACAACCAACUUCUUCUGGAUGCUGGUAGAAGGUCUCUACCUUUACAUGCUGGUGGUGCAAACGUUUUCCGGCGACACAUUGCGCUUUCGAAAGUACGCCAUCAUUGGAUGGGGAGGUCCGUUAAUCUUCGUUGGGGCGUGGGCUAUCGCCAAACCGUUCUUCGGUUCCACCUCGAAUUUGGAACAUCCUAAUAAACUCGAAAUAGAAUGCUCCUGGAUGCGUGAAUCUCACAUCGAUUGGAUCAUCCAGGGCCCGUCCUGUGCAGUGUUGGUUAUCAAUCUCAUCUUCCUGCUGCGCAUCAUGUGGGUGCUGAUCACGAAGCUCCGCUCGGCAAAUACGGUGGAAACGCGCCAAUACCGGAAAGCCUCGAAAGCACUGCUCGUGCUGAUACCGCUGCUAGGCAUCACCUACCUCAUCUUUAUCUACGGCCCAGUCGAAGGUGUCGAGAGCCACAUAUUUGCCAUCACGCGGGCCAUUCUUCUUAGCACCCAGGGUUUCGUCGUAUCGCUGCUGUACUGUUUCCUGAACUCUGAAGUCCGCCAAACCCUGCGGCACCAUUUCUAUCGCUGGCGGGAUGAACGGAAUAUCCUUUCUGGGAAGGUGAACAAUCACCACCGUAGGCCGACAUUCAGCAAGGACAACUCGCCCCGUUCGCGUACGGAAAGUACACGGUUUUCCCAGUUUUCCCGACCAGAAUCGAUGAACUUUCCACCCGUUCCAUUAUCGUAA